AUGGCUUCCGACUCCAUGGCUGCGGCUGCCCAGCGGCGGCCAAAGGCUCUAGAUUUGGAGCCUUUACGUGUAAAGCUUUCUCGAGAGACUCUACAGUCAUCUUUGGAGAAUGAAUCGCAGUAUUUUGUCGACGACCGUAGAGCUCGCACCAUGGCCCCCAGCAUCACGUCGUGGCUAUCCGAGGACGGGACUCAAAUACCGACAAGAGGACAAACAAGUUUCAGUUCAGAUCUCGAAUCCUUGGAAAAGAGUUUCGAGACUGAUCUUAGGGCCCUAGGAAAGGUGAUUACGCGACCUAGAGCCAAUUCGACCGUUCGCCAGUCGAUACGACACACAGUACGAGGAAGCCUUCUGUUUGGUGCGGUACGAUACGAGGAUGUGAUUCCCAGGGUCGCUGCAAGGGAAGGCAAGGAAUCAGAGAAGCUUCAGCAACGCCAGUCGCGGUUCUCAGAAAAUGAAGCUGACGGUAUCGACGCGGCGUCAAUACGGGAGGACGGCAUGGAGUAUGCGACAGGUAUGAAACUCGUACUGAUCAUCACCGCAUUAUGCUUCGGCGUAUUUCUCAUGGCUCUGGACAACUCCAUCAUUGCAACUGCUAUUCCAAGAAUAACAGACGAGUUUCACAGUCUAUCAGACGUCGGCUGGUACGGUUCCGGAUACAUGCUCACCGGGUCAUCGUUCCAACUGCUCUUUGGCAAGUUCUACACUUUCUGGAGCGUCAAAUGGGUGUUUCUAAGCACCAUCGGCGUCUUCGAGCUCGGCAGCCUUGUCUGCGGCGUCGCACCCAACAGCAUGACUCUGAUCAUCGGACGAGCCGUGGCGGGCAUGGGAUCGGCCGGCAUCUUCGCCGGGGCGCUCACUAUUCUAGCUUACAGCGUGCCCUUGGGAAAACGACCGGUCUACAGCGCUAUUAUUGGCAGUAUGUGGGGGAUUUCGUCGGUCGCUGGGCCGCUUCUCGGUGGUGUCUUUACAGACAAGCUGUCCUGGAGGUGGUGUUUCUACAUCAACCUGCCAAUCGGGCUGGUCACAGUCGUCGUCAUCACAAUCUUCUUCCCUGAUCCCAAGAGGAAGAAACUCCCGACGACGUGGAAGCAGCGCAUUUGGCAGAUGGAUCCGAUUGGUACCGCUGCUUUCCUGCCGGCCGUCGUGUGUCUUCUGUUGGCUCUGCAUUGGGGAGGAUCUCAGUAUUCCUGGGACAACCCGAGAAUCACGUCUCUCCUCAUGCUGGCCGCCGUUCUCAUCUUGGUGUUUCUCUACGUCCAGUGGCGAAUGCAGGACAACGCGACGGUACCACCGCGAAUCAUGAAGAAACAAACAGUCUGGGCCUCAUCGCUGUUCGAGUUCUUCAUUGGCGCCUGCUUCUUGCUCGCAACGUACUUCCUGCCCAUCUGGUUCCAGGCCGUCAAGGGCGCGACGCCUGUCAAGUCGGGCAUCAUGAACAUCCCCAUGUUGCUGACCGUCGUCAUUUCCAGCGUCGCCAGCGGCGCAGUCGUCUCGUCAUGGGGCUACUACACUCCCUUCAUCAUCGGGGGAGCCGUUGUCAUGCCCAUCGGCUACGGACUCAUGUCCACGCUUGCGGCUGACUCUCCGGCCGGCGCGUGGAUAGGAUACCAAGUGAUCGCCGGCGUGGGCGUGGGCAUCGGCAUGCAACAGCCGCUCAUCGCGGUCCAAGUCGUCCUCGACAUGGUGGAUGUGCCCACCGGCACGUCAAUCAUCAUAUUCAUGCAGUCGCUCGGCGGCGCGCUCUUUGUGUCUGCCGGCCAGACCGUUUUUACCAAUCGGCUCGAGUACUUUGUGCGCGAGUUUGCUCCCAAGGCCGAUCCCAAGGCUGUGCUUGCCGCAGGCGCGACGGGCAUUCGUGGCGUCUUCGCGGAUGACGUCUUGAGUGGCAUUGUGACCGCCUUUAACUCUGCGCUUGCGAACUGCUUUUGGGUGUCGGCGGCGACGGCGGCGACGGCCAUUGUCGGUGCCGUUUUCGUGGAGUGGAAGAGCGUCAAGGGGAAAAACGUCGACAUGGCGGCUGCUUGA